CUGGAAGCAGAUUAUGUACACAGGUGUUGUUCCGUAGACUGCCAGGCACUAUGUGGGCCAGUUAGAUGGAGGGAUAGUUACAAGACAAGCCGGCCGGAUGGUGGUGACAUCGCUCUGAACUCAACCGGAAUACUAAGCAAGGACCCGCCGGUGCUGUGAAGAUUAUGAGUGGGGUGGUUAUCACAAAGUCUCAGGACGAAUACGAGGACGACUUCGAGAAGGAUCUGGACUGGCUGAUCAGCGAGGAAUCCCGGAGUGAGGACCAGGGUCCUGACUUUAAAGACAUAGAAGCAGAGAUUGACAAAGAACUGGAGGAGGAUGAGAAACAGAAAAGAAAGAAAAGAAAGCCGAGAAGCCUCAAGGAGGAGAAGAGAGGCAAGAAAUCCGAAGAGUUGAAAGAAGAUGAAGAGGAAGAGAGGUGGCCCUCACCUAUGGAUCCAUUAGAGUAUGAUUCAGACAGAGACAGCCCAAAUAAGUCCUCAACCAUACUCCCACCUCCUCCAGAGAUGGAGGAACAGACUGAAGAGGAGAAGAAGUACAUCCAGGAGAAGAUCCAGCAGGCGAAUCGAGAGCUGCAGGACCAAGAGGCCCCGAGUAUGACGAGACGCAGACGGCUGCAUUUUAAAGAGACGCUGGUGGACCUGGUGGUGUCUCCACAGCAGUUUGAGAAAGGAGACACUGGUGAGGUGGAAGGGGAGCAGCGCACCAAGGAUUCAAAAGUCGAGAUCGAAGUGUCGGGGAAGCUUUCUGAGCUAAAACUUUCCCCUCGACAAGAGAGGGAAUCUGGCAGAGCUGCGGAGAGCAUUGAGGGAGGGUUAAAGGAAGGAAAAGUCCUGGUCGAAAAGGAUGGUAAGUUUGACCUAGUCAGCCUGAAAGAGGUGGAGAGUAUGGGACUGCUGCCUCCUAUAGCAAACAACAACAUGGACUUCUCCUUCUCACGUCACAAGGAGCAGACUGUGAGCUCCAGUAAGACCUCCAGGUCCUCCCCCUCUCCUCGUGCCGGCUCUCACCCUUUCCAUCAAGGCAUAAAUCAGCUCCCAGCCCCCCGACCCCCAGCCCAGCCCAGGAGCAGGCCCAGCUCAGCCAGCCACAGCCAGAGAGGCACCCAGUGGAGAAACAGCAAGCGGAGGGUGCAGUCUGCCACCGGGACCCCCUGCCAGGCCACAUACAGCCUCUCACCACAGCAGAAAGAGCUGCUGCAGAGGAUCGAGGAGAGGAAGAACAGGCUGGCCAGAGAGGAAGAGCAGAGGAAACAAGAGGAAGAGGAGCAGAAGAAGCAAGAGAAUGAGCUGGCGUUUAAGGCCUGGCUGAUGAAGAAGAGAGAGCAGUUUCAUGAGGAGAAGAGGAUCCACCGAGCCCAGGAGAUGGAGAGGGACAGCGCUAAGAGAGACUCCAGCGACCCAGAGGAGACCUUCAGGCUGUGGCUCCAAAGGAAGCAGGAGCAGCAGCAGAGAGAGAGACACCUGCUGGAGCUGAAGAGGCUGGAGGAGGACAGCGGAUACCUCCUGCGCAGCCGAGGGGAGUGUGAGCGUGCCUUCAAACUGUGGCUGAAGCGUAAACGGGCGGAGAAGCAAGCGGAGCAGCAGGCGGCUCGAGAGCGCUCCCGCAGGUUGGUGCUGGAGGAGCGGCGCGCACGACGGAUGAGGGACCUGCUGUUCACCGUCAAUGAAACCAAGCCAUUCAGAUUUACCGAACAGCUGGACCACCGCUUCUGAACCAAUCACAUCCAAUGUCCCCUGGAUUCAAACAAACACCACCUCAAACUCCACACUGGGCAACACGAGACGUGGAAUGAACAGAAUACAUAGUUUACUCUCAGUCCAGUUGUUAUUUAUUUCUACUUCUGGGCUGUGUUAAAGCACAUUCUGAGAAGAUAAACUUUACCGCAGUGACCUCCUCUUAGUGUGAUAACAUUAAAAGAGUGAAUGAUUUUUGUUACUGUAUUUACCUUGUGUAGUGGCUGACGCACUUUACUUUGAAUGGAGCUAAACUGCAGGGCUGUACAGCGUUAGCUCAAGUUUUUGUUACUGUAUGCCUUUCGUCAGAGUGUUCGGUUACAUAGGAAGCAUACUUUUGAGUUUACAACAGGUGACUUGAACAGAUAAAACUGUAAAGGAAUGCGAUAUAGAUCUGUAAAGCGAUAUAUGCCUGGUUGUUUGAGACAUGACAACACAAAUAAUGUAUCAGUUUCUUUGUUUAAAAUGCAUUCUUGUUUCCUGCAAAUGAACAAUGAUGAGAUGAACAAAUAAAACAAAUAUACACAGUUCAAUGUAGAUAUGGAAUUUUAUCAUUUUCAUUUAUAGACAUGGACACAUCAAUGUUUGUGUGCUACAGCAUUUCAGAAUUAAAUAUCAGUGAAACAAAAGUGGCCAACCUCAUAGCACGACCGGUUUAAGAUUUCUGGUUAGCAGUUUGUAUCUAUGUAAAAAAAGAAAGAAACUUUGUGCACGUUUUCUCCAUUGGGUUUACAGUGCACGAUUCGACCUCUCAUCUGUAUCCUCAACACAAUCAUAAAGACAAAAAAAGAUAGAUACAUAUUUAUUCCUUGAAACAGGAAUGAUUGACAUCUUUUAUGAAAAAAGUUCCUCAUAUUAAAUGCCAACAGUUACGUCAGCAGCUGUCUAUUAUUAAAAACACAUAAAUAAUAGUAAAAUAAGUCAGUGAACAUGGAAAACAGAAUAUUCUGCUCUGUGUGCCCAGAGAGUAAGGGGGGGUUAUUCACGGCAACAACAAAGGAAAAUAAGACAUUUACAGUUUCAGACUUGGCACA